ACCAAUGAACCUAAGACAAAACAAGGCCCCUCAAUGGCUCUCCCUCUCUCUCUCUCUCUCUCUCUAGCCGUUAUAGGAAAGAUACAAGCCCCUACUUUCCCCUCCUAUUUAAACCUCCUGACCUCCUUCUCAUCUCUCCAAUACUCACCUGCAACUCUCUCUCUCUCCAAUGGCUUUCUCCAAGCAUAGAAGCUCCCUCCCAUGCCUCAACCUCCUCCUCACCUCCCUAAAUCUCUCUCUCAUCCUCGCCGCCUCCGCCUCCAUCUCCACCCUCCUCCUCCUACGCCGGCCCCCCUCCCCUGUAGGCUGGGCCUUCUUCGCCGCCUCCGCCUCCUCCCUUGUCUCCGCCUUUCUCGGCUUCUACUCCCAACUAAACCAAUGCCUCUUUCUCACUCACACCACCCUCCUCCUCUUCUCUCUCCUCCAACAAGGGUCCUCAAUUUUCAUGCUCAUUCUUAGAAAAAACACAUGCAUAAGGCUCCUUGAAUCUCCAAGAACUCAAAGAGAAGUCAAAAUCUUGAUCAAGGCGCAAGUGGGUUUUGCCCUAUCUGUGUUUUUGCUCCAAAUUGUGGUGUUGGGACUCAUGUGUGCCAUAGAGAGCUGCAUUGUGAAGGAGUUCAUGGGGCUUGAGACCAAGAGAGAGGAAAUGGGGAGAAAAAGGGGGAGGAAAGUGGCACAUGUGAGAGCUGAGGCCAUGGUUCAAGAGGCUCACAUGGAGGAGGUUAGAGUGCGAGAGUUUGAGGAGAAGAAUGAGAAUAAGUAUGGCCAAUGGGUGAAGCCUGAUUUUGAAGCUUGAGCUUGGGAAAUAUUGUCACUUUAAUGUACCUCCAUUUAUUUUAAGUAUAGAACUUCUAUGCAGUAGGAGAAGUAUAGAAUACUUGUUUAGCUACUAUUGUUUUUUAUUUUUAUAUGAUUUGUCCCUUUGUACACUAAGAUUUGUGAAUUGAUUUUUUGCACC